UAGAAGAGGUGAAGGCAGACGGAAACCUAAAUCCAUAAGACUAGAAGAUCGUCCGUUGGCCUGAGGGAACGGAGGAGCAGCGACGGCAGAACAGCACUGGGAAGGCGCCUGGUCAACAGCUCAGAGGGUUCCUGGAUCUGGACUGGGACAUUUGCAGCCGCCAUCUGCCUGCAUCCUGUAGGAUCUGCCUUGGGCCUACCUGCCUACACACCGGGCCUGUGGCUCUGCUCCUGCCUUUUCUUUGUGCCGAUAAAUCAAGACCACAGAGCGACGCAAACCCCUUUAUCUGGUGGGCGCGGCGACCUCCGCACCCAGCCAGACGCCGUUCCCCGCCCCGUCUGCGUGUGGCGGUGCGUGUGUGCAGGCCUUGUCUGACUGCAUGGUUCCCCUGCCCUUGGCCCUGUCUCCACCUCUUAAUCAACGCUGCCCAAUGCCUCUGUCCCCCAGGCUCAGCCCACGAUGACAACAUGAGGGCAGCAGAUUAGUGCUUUCUGCUGAUCCAGCUCCUCCAAACCCAACAGGACGGUGGACGUCUGUCACGCACGCACGCACGCACGCACGCACGCACGCACGCACGCACGCACGCACGCACGCACGCACGCACGCACGCACGCACGCACGCACGCACGCACGCACGCACACACACACACACACGCACACAGACGCGCGCGCGCAUCAUGGACUCUGUAGUGAGGAAGACCCUGAGGGGGCCCGUCAGGAAGCUGACCAGCUGUGUGUCGGGAGAGAGGGAGAAGGAGGUGAUGUUCGACCACAGGCAGAGGAGAGCCAGAGGAGGAGCAAGAGGAGCAGGAGGAGCAGGAGGAGGAGCAGGAGGAGCAGGAGGAGGAGGGAGAGAGGGAGCAGGAGGAGGAGGAGGAGGAGUGAGAUCAGCACGUAGACGUCCGUGCAGAGGCGCUCCUCCUCAGGCAGCCCCCUGCCCCAGGGAGUCCGCAGCCCCCCGCUCCCACCAGCCUGGCCUGGACCCGGAGAGGAAGCCGCGAGAAGGUCUGAAUGCUAAGAAGAACGCCGAGAGGGCGGCCCUGAGGGCUCACUACAGGAGGAAGUACCAGCUCACCAGGAGCGCCAAGGACACGGACCAUUUGAGGCCGUUUGGAGGGAAAAUAGCUCUCCCCCGCGAGCUGGCGAAAAUAGUUCAUUCCGACAGUAAGAGCAAGGACGAUGGAUUCAACUUAUUGAAGGCGUUCCAAGGCCUCAGCUUCAGCACGGGGCCGGUCCAAGGGGCCAGACGCAGCCACACCCCCACCCCUCAAACAGCCAAUGGGGCCACGUGCCAAGUCAUGUGAUCGGGAGGUGAUCUAUGACUGUGCUGGUUGUGAUGGGACCCUUACAACUCCCCACGGGACAGACCAUGAGGUCAUACACAUGACCAGCUCACCGACGGCUGGAUGCUUUACAUGAAUCUACACAUUUGACAAAUUCAUGUUUGAUAUGCUUUUUGAAUACUUUUUAUUCAUAUUUCUUGCUAACUUUUAAUAUGUAUUAAAUGCGCGGUAUUAUAUUUGAUCAUAACGUAUUGUAUAUGUUGGUUUGUAAUGGUUUUUAAGAUGUGUUUUAUGCAUUGUCACAUAAUCACUAUUGCAUGUACACAUUUUAUUUAUGUUUAUAUUCAUUUAAGUUUUUGUACUUUCAUCAAUCCUAAGCACCUUGUGAGGUUGACUGAAGAUUAUAACUUCUCCAUGAUCUUUUUAAGAAGGGCCAUUUUGGAAUAAACUGCUUUUGCUUUGCA